UUGACAUUCGAACCACUCACACAUCACCUUACAACGCCGUAUCCUCAUUAGAGACGCCGCAAAGAAGACACCACAAUCCAGAAUGACCGACUCGCCAUUUACGCGCUCCCCGCUCGACCCCAAGGAACAACCCAUCCUCGACCGCCUGCUCGGUCUUCGCGAUCAGCUAUCGGUGCUCAAGAGCGAUCGCACAUCGUACAUCCGCACUCAGGAUGUGCUGGAUCUCUACACAACUUUGAUCGGAGAGGUUGAGAAGCUCAACGAUCUUCGUACCGACAAGCGCAAUGAACAAAACAGGGUCGACACAGUGCUGGACGAUUGCUUCCAGCUCGUUUCCCUAUUCUUCUUGACCAUUGGCCGCAACCAGGAAGCUCCGGCCGUCUACUCCGCUGUAUCUACCGUCAAGCGCCUCCUGGAUCACCUCAAGGAAGCUGGCUUUUAUCUCCCUCAGGACCUCGAAUCGAUUGAACACAACCUCCGAAAAUGGCGCUCAUCCGUCGAGCGUGGCAAGGAUGUACACAGCAACUCUCUCAUGACACUGCUCGAAGCACGCAUCGAUGUCUGCUACCAAACACUCAAGGACCUUCAGGCUUCAUUGUCCCAGCUUGACCCUCAACUUAUGGGUUACUACGAAAAGCUUGUUUCGAUCCUGCGCUCGCUCUCGGCUUGUAACACACGAUCGAAGUUCCCUGUCAAGGAGGUUCAGGAAUUGGAGGAGCAGCUUAAACAGAUUCAAGCAGAGUUGAAAGACGCCGGUGUAUCACACGAGGGCAGAACGGCCGAGGAGGCAUACGCCGAACGCCUGUCGCAGGUACACAUUGCCGAGAACAAUGUUCAGGAGGGCACCAAGGUCGUCUCCUUCCUGUUGGGCAGAUGUCUGCUCUGGGUCGAGAUCAUCCAGGAGAAGAACGGCAAGAUUGACGAGCGCUUCCGCGAUACCUAUGACAAACUGGUCAAGCUCCGCAACACGCUUGAUAACAUGAACCUCACUCAAGCCUGGUCUUUGCGUGAGACGGACUUGUAUAGCUACCAACGUCAACUCGACCGCAUCGAUGAGUCCCGCGUUGACGGCAACUUCCUCGACGCCGAAGGCAAGCCUGCUGAUCUCCAUUCGCAAAGGACAUUGCUCUACCUCCUCCGCAAGAGUUACUCAUACAUCUACCACUACAUCAUCUCAUCUGAGCCCGUCUCAGAAGCACUCUUGCCCAUCUACAACCAAUUGCUCACCCUCAAGCGCUGCUUACUCGAGGUCAAGCGCUCAGGUGGUGUUGACUCUCCUCGCGAAUUGUAUCCUUACAGCAUGAAGCUCAACUCAAUCGACAACAUGAAGAAGGACGGCAAGUUCAUGGUCGGCGAUGACAUCCCCGAAGGCCAGGGCAGUGUCACAUCAUUGCUCGCCGAAUGCUUUGACAUUGCCUACGACCUCAGAAAUGAAGCCGAAGAGCGUCAAGACGAUGCCGAAUCAGCCGACGCCGCCGAAACCAAGGAGUAAAACAGACUUCAAUCAGCGACACAACAGACCAUUCAUUCCUUUCAUGUACAACUUAGGUGGCAGUGUGGGAACAGCAAUGAGCGGAAACCUCAAGAGGUCAUCUCAUCUCCUCUUGUGCUUUUUUAUUAUUAAUAUUCCUGCAAGGCGUCAGGGGCUUGGGGGAGUCUAGGUCUUUGUCACUAUUUGGGAAACUCGCGGUGGAGGGUAGGAAACAGGCAGAGAAAGAUAUCCAUGAAACACGAAUAAGAAAGACGCUUUGCAAAUU